CCGUCCGUACUCCAUAUUACUAGUCUACCGUAGUCCUUUUGUCUCUUGUUCCAACUUUCUUGGUAUUUAUCUGGAGCUUGUAUCUUGCCACCUUCUCCAACCACCGCCCUGCCUCCGUGCGUUACGGUAGAUCUUCCCUGCCGAGCGCUUCUAUUUGGGGUUAUUUGCCUUAUUUGCCUCCUCCAUGAUUUCGCCAUCUGUCUUCCAUAAUACCACCUGCAAUUAUUAGGGGUCUCUUCCCCGCCCCGUACAAAUCUACAAGCAUCCGACCAGGUCCAACCAAGCAUUUUUCGCACGAGUCAAGGCCCGGUGUUCCCCUCUACCCGACUGCAUCUGGCGCGACACGACUGACCCGAAUUGUCUCCUGUUUUUUUUUUCGUCUGUGUCGAUUUCUUUCAUCUUGACCUUUCGACUCCCCGAGAAAAGUUUCAUCCGCUUUUUCCCUGCCGCCACUAGGGUUCCCCGAGACUUAAUACCGAUAAAAGCAAAAAAAUAAAGAAAAAAAAAGCAUCCCAGACAUCGAACCAAGACCACGGCAUACUGCGGACGCCGUGGGACAAAGGGAAAAAAAAGCCCCUUGUUUUGCGAAUGCGCGGGGAACUGGAAGCUUGGCGGAACCUUUCAAGUUUCUUUAUCGGUGUCUACUUUUAGAUUCUAUCAGAAGGGUAAGUAGCGAAAAACCUUAUCCGUGGAUUUCGAACGUAUCCGUCCGGUCAACACCCCUGGCUUUCGCCAUUAUUCACCUUGAGCGCCCCUUUCAAUACCUUUAUAUACACACAUACACACAAACAAGCAUACCAAUACACACGGCGGGCGCGCACAUACACACUACAUAUUACCGCAGCACCGGUGAGGUCGGUUGUCCAAUCCAGGGCAGAUCUUAUCGUGCCCUCGGCUGUCUGCCAAGGUUGUGCGCGUGCGCUGUGGUGGUGCACGACACCGUCAUCGAGCAGCUUGUUUGCACUUGGUCUCGCAGAAGGGAAAAUCAAGUUGCCCGCCGCCGUGGUACUUGGUCGCACCAUCAUUCAUUGGUCUAGUCUAGUUUGGCUGGGCUCGCUCCCAACUGCACUACCUGCCUCCUACAGUACCUACACCUCCAUCUACUUUCGUACCACCCCCCUGAUGGGCGUAGAGCACGACACACAAGCUUUCAACAGAAAACCCCCUUCCCUUUUGCUCUAAAGUCGUGCGCUCCUCGGCAUAGCCUUGUCUUGGUCAGGGGUCUUGUCCCUUGUCUGGAAAAUCCGUGCUAGUGAAUCGAUCAGUCAGUCAACUUGACUUUUUGCACGUACCUAGCAAGCCAGGACAGACAGGCAGGUGACAGUGCAAGUUGUUGUCAGAACGCAUUAAAAUGCUCCGCCACCCUAGACUGGCUCGGGAGACAUCGCAGUUCAUGUCUUGAUUGCUUGUUGGUGUCGCAAAGACCUGAUUGUGGUGAAAACCCCGCGCCCAAAGGGGAGUUCAGGAUUGCGCAGAAGAAAAAGGAAGAAGAAAAGAAAGACGAACAUAUACCUGCUUGCGGCCUACAGACAGUAUACGUUUGUUGAUCCUCCUGCGUCAGUUUUGAUGCUACCAGCCCAAGUGGUGUCAUAUGUUCCUCGAAGCAUUUUCUCAAGUCCGUAAACAAAACAAAAAAGAACAAAAGAAAAACAAAGAGUACACAAACAUCCUCUACAAGUGGAAGACGGAAGAAAAGAAAUCGGCACAUAACCAUACAACACCUACCUCACCUAUCCCUACUCGCCUGAUUGAAUUUUACCCAGGACCGGGAGUUUUUCGUGGAUCCGGUAUCCCAGUCUCCCGCGUUUCGUCGCUCCAACGAUAAGGAAGUCGAUUGAUUGCGCUGCAACGUCAACGCACCCACGCCAGCCAACCAGCGGCGGGUCCAGUCCACAGCGGACCAGGCCAGACACAGCCUACACUCCCACUCAUUCAUGCUGGGCCACCGUUGAAACGACGCAACUUCCAUCUUGAUCUUGCCAACCUAACCUACCCACCUCCACUGCACUACCUUACACCUUACCUUACCUACAACCCAACCUUUGCCAUGCUGACCUACCUACCCAAUCCAACACUAGACUAACUUUCCAUCGUGUGCAUGCAGUUUUGCAUCAUUGUUGCCACUUGUUUUCCUUUCCCAUCGAAAGUUUUCUUCUUGUCUUGGUCAAAUUGAAGAGCCGCGCGCUCGCCUUAUUUGAGCCGGCCUGUCUGCGAUCGUGCCCGCCGCUCUCCACCGCCGACCGGGCACAGCCAGAAUAAACACACCAGACCAUCUCAGACUGGCACAAAAAUGGCCACAGUAAUCGGCGAUUUCGCCUCGGACCCCUCGAGGUUCCGUCACAAUAUGGUAUUUCAACCGCAGCCGCCUCAACUAUCGCAAUCGCAUUCCCACCAUCACCAUCAACAGCAACAGCAUCAGCAGCACCACCAGCAAUCUUACCGCUCUUCCAACCAACCCUGGGAGAGCGCUCACACCACGUCUUCUGUCCCGCGACAAGAACCUCAACCCACCGAAACCAGCCCAUCAAUACCGACGCCGUCAUCAUCCGUCGCGUCCUCGACCCCACGUAGCAACUAUACAACGUCGGCACCAAUAGCAAACCAAACUAGGCCGUCAUCGGCCGACCGCCAACUCCAGAAGCAACCUGCGCCACCCGACGACGACUCGGGCGCCUCGCGCUUCCCGACCCCUCCCGACUCCUCCUCUCCAAGCGUGUCUAAUUUGGGCGGUGUCCACUCGCAAAAGCAUGUCGGCACCGAUCAGCCACACCCGCACUCGCAACCGGAUCCCGAGUACAUGGACACGUCGGCCGAUGCUACAGAAGUUGCUGUCGUUACUGCCCCAUCUUCGGACCCUCCAUCCACGGCUGCCUCCGAUGCGACCGUAGUGCCGCCAUUUUCAGACACGACUGCCGCUCCUGCAGCUGCCGCAGGGCCAACUGAGCAGUUCUCGGCCGCGUCGUCUGCAAGCAGUAAGCCUGCACACUCAAUUCCGUCACCCGUCAGUGACAGCUUUCCUUCCCAUUGGGCCCCGAGCCCAGCGCCCAACUCGCCAACGCGAGCUGCCCAAACACAGCAGACUACAGUCCGGAUUCGUGACCUUUCACACAUCCAAUCUCUUGCACGUGCCGAUCUCGUCACGGGCGGCAACAAUAAUGGAGGGAUCCUGAAUGUCGACCCACCACUCUCCCAGAUGAAAUAUGAUAUCAGCGAAAUGCCGAUUGGUGAUGUUAUCGAGAUGGUGGCUGCGCUUCUCACCAAGAUCACGACGACCAACGAUCUCCAGCAUGAUGCUUUGAGCCGAAAUGCAACGCAUCAACGACAAGCGCAAGCGGCGCAGCAACAGCAGCAGCAAGACGGGAAUGGUGAGGGCAGUAGCAAAGGGGAUGGAGUGAUCACUGCCAACAGCAACAGCAGCGGCAACGGCAGCAGUCCGUACGCGAACAGCGUGCUGGCUUUUCACGGGAAGAACGUACCUGCCAUCACCAUACUUAGCUACCUGAGCCGCAUUCAUAAGUAUUGCCCCACUACGUUUGAGGUUUUCUUGAGCUUGCUGGUUUAUUUUGAUCGGAUGACAGAAAGAGUCAACGAUCUGGUGGUACGGAGCGAGCAGGAAAAGAAGGAGGCUGAGGCCAAGGCAAAGAACCAGGGAGAUGUCGUUAUGGAUAAUGAUGGUGGCGGUGCCCAAGACGAUGAAAUGGACGAGGACCUCGCCGACAGCGACGACGAGGGAGAGGCUCCUACAAAACAUAGCUCAAACAACGGCGAUGCUGGCGUUGCCGGGUCUAGGGAGGCUCUGAGGGAGUCUGCGACUUCAACACCGCCCCCGCCGGCUCUGAGCAGCACAGCGACUUAUUUUGUCGUGGAUAGCUAUAACAUCCACCGACUUAUCAUUGCGGGGGUGACAUGCGCGAGCAAGUUUUUCUCGGAUGUGUUUUACACCAAUUCGAGAUAUGCCAAGGUCGGAGGUCUUCCGCUCGCCGAGCUAAACCAUCUUGAGCUCCAAUUUCUUCUCCUGAAUGAUUUCCGCCUCGCCGUCCCAGUCGAGGACCUAGAGGCAUAUGCAACCAUGCUUGUCGAGUUUUAUGCUAGAGACGUGGUUGCCCAACGCUCUAGACCUUCCUCAGACUGAUGUACAAUUGCGAUUUAAGGGUCUCGGCUUGGUGUAGGGCGUAGGCCAAUACAAUGUGCCUGAGGGGCUACGGCUGCACGUUGACCCCUGAAAUACGAGCUAGUCUGGCCGUCACGAUGUACGCCACUCCCGGGGCAUGUGUGGCUUUGUCCCCUGUUUGGCAGUACAAAAACCAUACUUUGUGAAAGCGCAAAGACGCUAGGCAACUUGAGUGGAUCAAGGCGCACAGCACACUACAGGGAAUAGGCAUGGCCUGUCAGCUCAUGCGGCAGGCAUAGAGACAUAUCUAUUCUCUGGUAUCAUUAUUUUAUCCAAAGAGACAAGUUCUCCCUUCGCCGAAGUGCAUAGUGAAGGGGAUGGUAAAGACAACAUCAAACUAGAAUGGGGGCAAAUUGGGUGCUCUCUGCAGUUUAGAGCGGAGGUGCAGCCUCUGGAAACUUAUGGCUGAAUCCCGUUUUUAUUCGCAUUUUGGGAUUUUAUGUUUAAACUGACUUGUUUCUUUCUUACAUUGUUGAGGAGUAGGGGAAAUUAAAGGGUCGUUUUUAUAAUGCUGAUGACCUGUUGGUUGUUUAUAAUUUUCUAUUGGACUCUUUUUAUUCUUUCGCGUUGAUGCGUUCUAUGAUAAAGGUGUGGGGUACUUAUACAAAUUACAAAGGUGUUUUGUUGGGAGUCUUGGAAGGAGCUUCUCCGGGCCGCCCUGACUUAUUAUCAACCCCACCAGGGGGUAUCAUGACGACCACCGGCAACCCUCUAGAUUUGGAUCGGGUUCUAUACAUCUUCUACCCGCCUCUGCUAUGCCCCUCGGCUUCGUAGCACAGCGCCCGUAGGCAGCUCCUCCCGCUACCAGGCCCGGCCUCUUCCAACAGCGACGCGAGGCGGGCGAGGACGGCGUCUGCUAUGGAAUCCGGCACCUGUGUCGAACCAGAACUCUUCCACUGCUCCACAUAGUGUCCCAGCCAUGCACGGAUGGGAGCCGUCGCGGGAAGGGCUAGGUCCGGGGUCACGAGGACGUAGGCCGACAGGACUGUCUUCCAGAGCCAAAGCUGGGGGUUGCCGUCGCCGUCGUGGUGGUUUUGCCCGGGGGAAUGGAGCAGCCAGCGAAGGAUUUGCAGGUUUUCCAAGGAGGAAGAGGCGCCGCGGGUGCGUCCCGCCAUGGCGUGGAUGAGGAGGUGCGCGACUGUGGCGUAGCCCUUUGGUCGGAUGGAAGAAGAGGAGUCCGUGUCCACGGCGGCUCUCUCGGCUGUGAAGUAGCGUGGCUGCAGGCGGGUCGGGUCGUCGGGCUGCGGUUGGAAGAGAGGGGUUUCGGGGUUGGGGAAAGGGGGGCUGCUGCUCUGCUGGGCGCUGGCGGUUCGGGCUUUGGACAAAAGGGAUAGUAUACUGUUGUCACAUGCAAGAGAAGAAAGUGAUGUGGUGUCAAUUUCCGAGGGAAACGAUGUGAUUAAAACGGGAAAAGUUCCUCACCCGCCUACCCAAAAAAAAAAAAAAAAAAAAAGAAGGACUUACAUUAAAGCCAGGUGCGGUAGCAUCUGAGAUGAGCACUGGGAUCCAGCCCCUCCCACCACAGCCGACCUCGCAUCGACGACAGCAAAAAGGCCACGCAGGUGGGUGGCGGCAGCUUCCGGGUUAUCCAUGGCGGCCUCGACGACUGCCAGGCACAAGAUGGCGCCCGCGUAGAUGUCGUUGCCAUCGUCGUCCUCGUCCGCGGUGGAGGCAACGUGAUGAUGAUGAUGAUGAUGAUGCUGAUGCUGCUGCGGCUUGAGGGCCUGCAUCAUCUCGACCUUGUGGUACAAGCACGCCUGCUCGAGCGCCGGGCCCACGGAGCAGCCCUGCUGGAGGUACAGGUGCAUGCACGCCCAGAGCAUCAUGGUGUGCAUGUGCAGCGGCCCUCUCCCGGGCGCGGGUGUGGCAGCCCUGCGGAGGGGGGUGGGGAUCAUGUCGGCGAUGGCUUGCCGGUAGCGGUUGGAGUGUUGCAGGAUCUCGUGGGAGUUGAACGGGAGGUCGAUGCCAGCGUGUCCCGCCCAGUCUGGCUGCACUGGUGGUGGUAGUAAUGGUGGUGACUGCCAAGCAAAGGGUUGUGGUGGGAGCAGUAGUGGACCAGCCGGCAUGUAUGGCGUUGAUGACCCAGAAACAGGUGAGGGCGUCGUUGGAUAGCUGUCAUCGUUGUAGUGACAGUCGGUCCCUUUGACUAGACAUUUUGUGCUACGUCAAGACAUGUAAUGCUGGUGUUAGAGGGGCUGGUCAUUUCUGGUGGAGGGGUCUGCGUGGUAGGCAUAUUAGAAUAGUUAAUCACCAUAUUGGCUUCGAUUCAUCACAGCGGA